AUGGCCCAGCAGCCUUUGCCCACGUCGGCUCAGCCAACCGACAUCUACGGCGGAGAUGAGGUCUCUGCCCUCGUUCUUGACCCCGGCUACUGCAAUACGCGAGCAGGCUUCGCUGGCGAAGAUGUCCCCAAGUCAAUUCUACCAUCGUUCUACGGCCAUGUCACCAGCGACCCUCCCCGAGAUUUAUUUGGCGACGAGUGCAUCAUCCCACGAAGCGACUUUGAGGUCCGCAACUACAUGAACAAGGACAGCGUCGUAGAGGACUGGGAUGUGGCGGCUAAGAUGUGGGAAUUCAUGCUGGUUAAGCGCCUACAGCCCGAGCGACAGACGCCGCCAUCAAAGAAUAAGCUAAACGACGACGUGAAGGAGCAGGAUGGCGAAGGAGAUGUCGCGAUGGAAGAAGUCGAGACGAUGGAGAAGGCUCUAGAAGAGUUCCCCUUGCUGAUGACAGAAGCUCCGUGGAACUCGCCCAAGGCACGUGAAAAGGCCAUCGAGCUCAGCAUGGAGAGCUGGGGGACUCCCGCCUUCUGGCUAAGCCGGACUCCCGUUCUGUCGUCAUUCGCCGCUGGAAAAGCUACUGCCCUUGUCAUUGACGUUGGUGGCGCCAAUACCUCCGUUACAGCUAUCCAUGAUGGCAUGGUUUUGAAGCGAUCUAUCCAGCGAUCACCCGCGGGCGGUCUAUGGCUGUCUUCGCAGAUCCGCAACAUGUGGGAAACUUCCGAGCCGAAAGUGGACUUGGUUCCGACGUUUAUGGUUGAGAACAAGUCUCCCGUGGAUGCUCUUUCUCCUGCCCAGGCGCGACUACGCGAGUUCCCUUACAAGAUCCACGACUCUUUUCGAACAUUUGAAGAAGAGCGGCUGUUGACCGAGUUCAAGGAGUCCGUUGUUGAGGUUUGGCGUGGACCUGGAAGAUACGGCGCCGCUGGAAACGAAGAGUACAUCAAAUCUCAGCCUGGCCGUGUGUUUGAGAUGCCUGAUGGCUACAACCAGAUGUGGCGCGAGCAGCGAUUCAAGGUCGCUGAGGGCAUGUGGGACGAAAACGCCGGGUACCCCGUCCCCGAGUCGGAGCGCCUCACCAAGGCCCAGACCAUCCCCGAACUUAUCCGUUCCGCCCUCAAUGCUAUUGACGUUGACCUGCGGGGCAACCUCCUCGCCAACGUCGUUGUUACGGGAAGCACAAGUUUGAUCAACGGCUUCAACGACCGUCUAAAUAACGAGCUGACAGCGAUGUACCCUGGGCUGAAGAUCAAGAUUCACGCUGCAGGUCUGUCGAGCGAGCGCAGAUUCGGUGCCUGGAUUGGUGGAAGCAUUCUUGCUAGCUUGGGAACUUUCCACCAAAUGUGGAUAUCCAAAAAGGAGUAUGAGGAAAACGGAGUUGGCAUUGUCGAGAAGCGAUGCAAAUAG